AUGGAAAAGAGCGAAACAACCGAUGAGAAACUGGCAAAGCUGAAAGCCAUCAUUCCCUCGGCUGACACAGAGGCACUAUUGGAUGUGUUAGUGUGCUGUGGAGGCAAUCUGGAAGAGGCCGCUGCCUUACUCCGAAAUGGCAUAGAUCCAGCAGAUGAGAAGGACGCAAGGCCGCUGAAGAAGCCGCGUCUACAAACACAACAGUCACUAAGCCGGUACUUUGGGCUAAAGAAGUCUCCAGUGCCUGCGCUGGGCGGGCGGCCCAUUGUGCUUCAUGGAAAGCGCGACAUCGAGGGUGCAUUGCGUUAUUGUACGUAUCACACCAAUGUGCUCCCGGCGGCACUAGCCGAGAGGCUCCUAGAAGUGGUAAUGACAGAUGAGCGGGCGAAGCCUAAUGAGUUCUACCUUUUUGGUAGCCGGUGUGUGACAAAUUGCCGGACGCUGCUUUACGGGAACCUGGAUCCCGCGGACGCAGGGCGCGUCUUCUAUAACGGACGCAUAAGCACCCUGACCUCGUACAAUGCGGAUCUUUGUGAAGCGCAGCGUAUUGUCGAGCAUCUGGUCAAUGCAGAACUAGCAAAACGCGCAAAGCUGCCCUUUCAGGUACCAGCUGGCAGCUGGCGCUGCCCGGUAGCUGUCGCAAAUAUUUACGAGAAGGACAGCGACCUGCAGUGGCACUCGGACCGCUUGACGUAUAUCGGGCCCCAUGCAAUUGUCGCUUCCCUUACGUUGGGCUUCGAGCGUGAGUUCCGGCUCCGGCGCGUUUACCCUGCGGACUCGCAGAUUUAUUCUAUCCCACUCGCCCAUAACUCGGUGCUGAUUAUGCAUGCAGGGUGCCAAGAAGAAUUUAAGCAUUGUGUCCCACCUCUCGGUAAGCGCAAAAAGGUGUCAGCAGCCGAGUUGCAUCCUAUCUCCGGAUCAGUCCGCGUGAGUCUGACCUUUCGCCACUACAAGGUGGAUUUUCCUCGUGAUGCACUGUGCCCAGAAUGCGGCUACCCCAUGGAUUUGCGCCGAACGUACAAGACCCCGUCCAAACGCGGGCACUACAUAUGGAUAUGCUCACGCGGAUAUAGCUCAGGAAACGAUAAAAGCGUCGAAAGCUUCUGUAAGGGUAUCAAGUACGCUUGCGUUGACGCAUCUCCACCAGUCACCGAUAUCGAGUCCGAGGGCAACGUUUGGUUAGCAGAUGAUGACUUCGAGGCGCUAAAUUUUCGUAAGUCAUGA